GCUUGGUUGCUCUUUUGGGAGGCGGGAGUUCCUGGAUUCCUUGGUGCGAGUGUGCGGUGAUGAUCGGUGCACUCUGAAUGAGCGCCUAUCCCCUCUCCGCUGCUACCAGCCAAAGUACAAGAUUCAGAAACUGGAGAAGAGAAGGGAGUUGGACGAUCCGCGUUUUCUGCUUCCCAACUGCAUCAAUAUCCGACGGGAGGAACGAGAAUUCGAAGAAUAACAGACCCCUAGCAAGGAAGCUAGCUAACCGGCUAAGGCGAUUUUUUAAUUUUAUCCCCAGGAGAUUUAAGUUUAAACUUCAAAUAUAAAUGGUCGAUUCUCGUAACUCGGAAAUAUUUGGUUUGAGGAAUAACGAAGCUUUCUUCAUAUUAGGCUAGGACAUCGUUGCGGUUUAUUUACGUUAUUUGAACGAUAGCUAACGUUAUUGGCAAAUAAAUGUGUAGCUUUGCUAGCUAGCUAGUUAGACAGCUGAAUUGAAGUGCAGUCUGAAAUCGACGCGGCCCACAACGGUCACCACCAGCGCCGUACGGUCGACAGCCUUUCUCUGAGACGGAGACUUCUCCCUGAGGAGGCAGAGCGCAGACGGCUCAUGACUUCUGACCGGGACGCGAAGGUCGUAGCUGAACCGCAGGUGCAGCAAGUACAAGAAGCAAAAGAGAGCUCUCACCUGGACGCAACCAAGGUUUCAGAACUGAACCCAAACGCCAAAGUAUGGGCCAAUCGCAUGCUUAAUCUGAACCCUGCCGAGACCACAGAGUCCAGUGUCCUCAAAACAUGGGGGGAGGGCCCAGACAGCUCCGUAGACCUCUGUCCAGAAGGAUGCAACGCCAAAGAUGAUGGAGAGGGGAGGAGGGAGGAGCCGCUGUCUCCUGCCCCGGAUCAGCCACCCCCAGCAGUGUCCACAGAGCCACCAGAUGUGAGCGCCACUGCCCACGAGUGUUUGGACACCGCCUACGUAGUCAUGGACACCCCACCUGGAUCAGAGUCUGGUCAGACGGGUGGAGGAGACUCGCAACCCCCUGACCUACAGGAGGACCUUCGGGAACACCUGAAAACGACCCUGGAGUUUUGCCUGUCCCGGGAAAAUCUUGCCAGCGACAUGUACCUCAUCUCUCAGAUGGACAGCGACCAGUACGUGCCAAUCACCACGGUGGCGAACCUGGACCACGUCAAAAAACUCAGCACUGACAUGGACUUAAUCGUGAACGUCUUAAGGUCGUUGCCUUUGGUACAAGUGGAUGAAAAGGGUGAGAAGGUGAGACCGAACCAGAACCGCUGCAUCGUCAUCCUGAGAGAAGUUCCAGAGUCCACUCCCAUAGAGGAGGUGGAAGCUCUCUUCAAAGGAGAGAACCUGCCCAAAUUCAUCAACUGUGAGUUUGCUUACAAUGACAACUGGUUCAUCACAUUUGAGUCUGAAGCAGAUGCACAGCAGGCCUACCGAUAUCUCAGAGAAGAAGUGAAAACGUUUCAAGGGAAAUCUAUCAAGGCCAGGAUAAAAGCAAAGGCAAUCGCCAUCAACACUUUCCUGCCAAAGAACGGGUACCGGCAGGCGGAUAUGAACGCCAGCAUAAACGCGACGGCCCAGCAGCGCUACACAUCGUUCUACAUGCCCCCCGUGUACAGUGCCCAGCAGCAGUACCCCCUCUACAGCCUCAUCAGCCCCCACACCUGGACCACCACGCAUAGCUUCUUGGACCCAGCUCUGGUAACUGCAUUUCCCAGUGCUGGAUUCAUAAACGGGUUUCCCUCGUCUCCUGGUUUUAAGCCUGCCACAUCUCCUCUGACCAUCCGGCAGUACUCCGCCAGGAACAGGAACCACAGUAAGACUCCCCUGCAGCCCACUUUACCUAAUGUGGACCGCAGCUCUGGGCUUCUGGAAAGCCCCGCCAUCUUCAACUUCCCAGAACGUGUUCUGAAUGGGGUGCGUGGCCCCCAGACCCGGCCCCCAGGCCAGAGCAGGACAAGGUUACCCAACACAAUGGCUUACACCAGGCGGGACAGUGGGACGACAGGACGGUUGGAGCCAAUCAAUGCUGACUUCUCACCUACCAUGGGCAGGGGAAGGAAAAACAUUUAUGGGUAUAGAAAGAAGAGGGAGGACAAGUUUACAAGGGCGCCCGUGCAGUCGCCCCCCCCUCCUCCCACCCAGAAGCCCCCCUCUCCGAGCUUCGAACUGGGCCUGUCCAGCUUCCCCCCUCUGCCUGGCGCUGCUGGCCAGCUCAAGACCGAUGACAUUAGCGAGAGCCGGCUGUCCAGCAUCGUCGUAGGAACCGCGAAGGACAAGGGAGCUGGGAAUGUGAACUUGGACCCCAGCACCAACUGCGCUCCUUCAGGGAUCCCCAAAGAGCCGCCCCCGACUGUUACCACCCCAGCCCUCCACCGACUAGAGGGCCCCUCCUCUCCACCCUGCUCCCCUGAGGAGCCGAAGGUCCCAGCAGAGGCCAAUCGGAAGGAGACUCAGCCCCCUAUGGAGCGAAUACCUGCAGCCGUCGUCGCCACCAGUAAACCAGUCCAGGUCAACGGGGCACCUGUGGAGGUUCGGAAACCCAGCUACGCAGAGAUCUGCCAGAGGCUCGGUAAGGACGGGCCUGUGGUGCAGCCGGCAAGAGACGCCAGGCCGACUGCUGCCGCACCGACCGAUACCCCAGCCGGAGAGAGGGCGGAGCCCAAGUACCCAGGCUGGCCCAGGGAAUCCAAGAGACCGGCGGGGGCGGGGCGGCGGACCUCCCCGCCCCCCGACCGUCCUAACAGUGACCUGGGCACCCACCCCAAAUCUCCACGAUAACCUGCGAGGCUGCGUGAAACCCAGAGAAUGUGAGGGCUAAUCGACACACCCCACCCACCCCACCCCAAGGUCAACCUCGUCAGCACAGAGGGCACCGCCCAGGAUACAGCCUUGCAAAACAAGAGCACUUUUAGCAUGUAGAGCACAGUCAUUAUUUUACUUAUUUAUUUAAGGCCCCCCUCUUUUUGGCUUCAUUUAGUGUUAUCUGGAGCUUUCUCUGGUUGUGGUAGCAGUGGUAUGUAUGAAUCAACUGGUCCACUGGCUGAGGAAAACCCCCUCCAGAAACAGCUAAGCCAGAAGUAGAGCUCACAGAGUUAACAAAGCACACUUGCUGGGAAUGGAAUUGGAUCAACCCCUCAUUUUUAUUUUAUUUUAAUUGUUUUGUUUUGAGUUGCUCUUUGAAACAGGCUGUUGAUUAUUCCUGAGAAGGCCAUAUGUUUUACUUCAGAUUUUGUAUUAAAAUUCAAAUCGUGGAGCCAAGCUGGCUGACAUGAUUGAAAGGUUUUUUGCCCCCCCCCACCGCUUUCCUUGUUACACAAGUCUUGACCGGCUGUAGAACCUAUGGCCAUCCGUAAGUGACCAGCACAUGAUGUAUAUUUUCAUGAGGCAGGUGGAAGGUGGGGGCCGGCAGCAUCAGAGGAAGACCUCUAUGUAUACCACAGCAAAUCCCAAAUCUUGCCCUGCACAGCGAUGAUUGACUGCUACUUGGUAUCCACAUCUAAAGGCAAAGCCAGGAUGAAGAGGUAUCUGGAAGAGCCUGUCUGGAGUGUUUUUUGUUAAUCUGGUACUCUCAGGCCACUUGAAGCAUGGAAUCUACAUGGGACGACACUGGCACCUUUAGGUUCACAAAGCACUGUAAUGAAAUUGAAUCCCUGAAAUGAAUCUAUAUAGUGAAGUUAAAGGGAACCAAACUUGUGGACCGUGCCAGUUUUAACCUUUUUUUUUUUUUGUUGCAUGCUACAGGUGAUUGGUAUUGGCCGGAGUCCAAUAUCUACCCUGUUUACCUGUGUGUAUAUGGCUCCCUUCAGCUUUAAGAUCUAGUACUGGCCACCUCUCGCACCACACUUUAGGAUUUACCCCUCAGGAGUAUUAAAUAUGCUGUCUGGUGACUGUAAAGGGUUGGAAUGAUUGUUGUGGCUGCUUAGACUGUGUGGACGUUUUCAGAUCUGGAUCCAGCCAAAGGGUCAGUUGGAAGUCAAUUCCGGAAUCAUGUCCACAUCCUGAAGUGUCGUCGUUGCAGUUUUUGGCUGGAGGAGCUUUCACGUUCUUUGUCAUUCAUCCUUAAUUUGAUUGCUGAAGAAGACUGAGUGAUCCAUCUUGUCUUGUAGGCGAACUGCCUCCUGUUGCACUGCUUUGGUUCAACCUCAAUGGGGCACUUUUUUUUUUUUCUUCGUAGUGCACAUUUACAGGCAUGUAGUUAGAAUGCCAACAGUGUGUAAGAUAUGAGGUCUUUCUCAAAGCCGUAUGAAAACCUCUGUGUGCAGGAGAAAGGUUUGGUUCAAGUAAUCGGCUCCAAGUGCUUACUUGCCAGCGCAGUCACCUUGUGCGGUUGGCUCAAGUGUGCUGUCGUGCACAGACGUUUCUUUUUUUAAUUGGUGGCAUGGGGCAUUGCUCAAAGGUGUAAGACAUUAAGUGAGAUGGGUUUCUUCCAGAAGGGUGGGGGUCCUUCCUCCCUUCAGUAGUUCUGAUAAUGUUGGGUGUCGGUACGGCUGAAUGGUGGAGUCUGAACCUUCCCUUUGCUUUGCAUUUCAGGUUAGUCUCUGCUCUUCCUUCUGCCUGUAGUUAUCCAGGUCUCCCUCACUCACUCUGAAUUAAUAGUGAGCCCUGGUUCCAUGGACUAUUUGGCUAAGUGCCUAGAUUGCAAGAACGGAUUCCCUUCUGUAACAUCGAAUCGGGGCAGAUAUUUUGUUCUCCAAGCGUUACACGAUUGAUCUCAUUUUUCUUUUGGAAUAAUUUAAGGAUUGAAAAGUACUGCAGUGCACUUGGUUUGGCAGUCUGAUUCAAAUACUGAUUUUAUUUGAACCCUCCCUCCAUAAUGGUGUUAUCUGAACCAUGCACUGCAUGAGCUCAAUAAAAAAUGCUGUUUAUUCCAAAAAAAAAAGGUAUUAUUUAAACAAGCGUUUUUUUUGUUUUUUUGUUUUUUUGUUUUUUUGUUUAGUUUUUUUAAAAAACCUCUAUGGAUAUACAAAUACAUCAUUUUCAUCCAGCAUUUGAAAACUUGAAUUUUAUUUAAACUUGAAAAUGACUUUGCCUUAACUUUUAUAUAAGACCGCUUAGUUUUUUGCUUUUCAACUCCCAAAAGGGUUACCAAGAGUGACAUAGUACACAUGGGCAUGUCUACUGUCACUGGUCUUACUUGGUCUAAAAAAAAAAGUACAAGUAUAGCAGAAAAUGACGUUUUUGUAAUAUAAUACAAGAAAAGCUUUUGACUUUUUGUUUUCACUUUUGUUUUAGUUUGUUUUGGGGAAAAACAAUUCCUGUAAAUGCAAAUAGUCAAUACUGUAUUAAAUAUGUGCACUUGGAAGUGUGUGCUUUUGCUUGUACAGUUGUAAAUAAUCAGAAAAAAAUAUAAGAGAUACCUUAAAAUGAACUAAAAAAAUAUUGAUCUCAUUGAAAAUAAAUAUUAAUGUUGCUGUUGAGCUGGAUGUAGAUUAAAACCUAAAUGUUGUGGUUUGAUUUUCUUUAUUUGGUGUGUUGAGUAGUCUACCAUUACAUUGUGAUGUGCGCAACAGGAGGUUUGAUUGUAAUUUUAAAACGUGUUAAUGUCUCAUUCCAUUGUAAUAUCAGAACGCAAGAUCUGGCUCGUGGUGGCAGAUGGCUCAGUGGAUAAAUUUUUCGAUUAAACUGUCCUAAGGUUUACCUUAAAUUCCCAUAAAAUAUUUACUUUCGGUCUUAACAGAAAACAGACGUUCUACUUUACUCUCAAUUUAGCGUGGUUAAAAAUAAAAGGGAAAAAGGUCAUUCCCACAAAAUUUAUUGUGAACUAUAAGUAUGUUGAUCACUUUUAAUCCACGUCAGCGUGAACACUUGUUUCAGAAUGGAAAUGGUUUUCUGAUUGUCUGCAUUACGUACAACUUUUAAUUUCACUUGGGACUUAACGCAGCUUCGCAGUAAAGAUGGACAACUGCUUUCCAUCUUAGCAUUUGCAAUUUGGCAGUUGACAUAACCAGUUCAACAGUAACUACAUUGUUGUCAGUUAUGGCAGGCAAUGGCUACAGUCGGGUUCAAAUUCCUUACAUGCAGGUCAUCAACCGGUAUGUUUUCCUUGGUUUAUCAAGUCAGAAUUUGCUGUUGUGUUGAAUGUUUAUGUAUGCCAAUCUGUUGUCCUGAAAGUGUCAGUACAGGAAGUAUGGAUUUUAAUACUUUUUGCAUUCAAAUCAUGCUUCACACUUGGUUGGUGUCUGUAGGGUUAAUUAAUCUCACGGGAAAACAAAAAUAAAGCUAACAAAUAAAUAUAGUUUUCAAAACGACAUGAACAAUGAUUCAUUUAUGAAAGAUAUCAUUGUCAUAAGAUAUUGCUAAAAAGUAAAAUGGACUGUAGGAAGGAGGUGGGAAUAGUUUGGCCGAACGAUGCUACUUAAGUCUGAAAGGGUUGUUUCCCAAUAAAGCAUUGUGCUAUAUGCCUUUUUUUUUCUUUUAUUGACGGUUCUAUUUUACGUCCAUUAUCUGUUUACCACAUAUCAAGCGAAUCUCCACCAUCCCGGUUAAUUUGCCUGGUCCAAUUAUUUGAUAAGUUGGCACCACCAUGCAUUUUCGUGGGGGUAAGCUCGUAAAUUUACCAUGAUUAAGAAAGUUACGCUGUGUUAAAAUUCACCAGCGGAAUGUACUGAUGCGUAGCCUACCGGACUGUCUGUACCAAGAUACUGUAUUUUAAAGUUGUUUUUAACUGUAACGUCACACUUACUGCAGUGGACAAUUGGCAAUUCCCGUUAACUGCAGUAACCGUUGUUGAUGAAUGUCUUAACCAGGGCUUUUUUUUCAUCAAGACUGGAAUCAAGAGUACAUGUCAGCUAUUAAUAAUUUACGUUUCUCUUGUGUCGGGAUGUAAACAGUCUACUUUGGAAAAACAUGUAGCUUACUGAAAGAAAUAAAGAUUUAGGCACUGUU